UUUCCUUCACUCUGCGGUCCAACUCAUCCCAAACCAUCUCUGUAUGGUUGAGGUCGGGUAAUUGUGGAGGCCAGGUCAUCUGAUGCAGUACGACAUCACUCUCCUUCUUGGUGUCAGCUAGAUAUGUCAGCUAGAGAUUUGUAGUCUUGCAUGAUGUCUUUGAUGCUUAUUAGCAUUUUUGAAUCUGAGAGUAAAUUGAGCUGAAUAUUUGAUAAAAGUCAUAGAUGUAUUUGGUUCUCAAAAUGUCACGCCAGGGUAAGCCUACACCAAACACUGCCCUUAUUUUAAGUUUUUCUAAAAUUCCCUAUGGGAAAAAUGAAUGGUGGAAAUAGCAAUUGGAACAAUUUCCCUGUUAGGUUUUAUGGGUAUUAUGACCUCCACUGUGAGAUUCUAUAGCUAUCUAGCACCCCCUCCGCAAACACGCGUUUUCCAAUGUUCAAAUCAAAUUGUAUUGGUCACAUACACGUGUUCAGCAGAUGUUAUCGCGGGUGUAGAGAAAUGCCUGUUGGAUACAAGGCGGUACUUAUGUAAAUUAGGUAAGAGGAUAUCAUGUUACCACUGGUGUAUUAAAAUGAGAGUUAGGGCGAUGUCAACCUAUUCCUUUAAUAAUCCUCUGUGAAACUGCAGGUCAUAAUUUGCGGUGUUCCUGCAUGUGGGCAUUACUGCAUCUGUCUCACGAUUGUCUCCGCCUCCCGCUCGGGUGACACCGUGUACUAGCUAUCUUGAUAGUUAGCGACAUCAUGUACUAACUGGUCCCCUCAUUCCGUGUACCGGAGUCAUUGACAAACUAUCUAAACUAGUACACAGUGUACUUCGCUCCCGCCUGCCCUCACCGACGUUAAUGGAACUCGGGAAAAACAGUGCCCGACCCUACUUCUGUGGGGUUUAUCAGGAAUGCUCAAAUGCAUGAACACUCCAAAUCACAGGGCGCAAUUGCACCCUUCUCAAUAAGCGUGCCUCCUGUAUCCAAGUGUUUGACAUGGAGGAAGGGACCAGUAACUUUAUGAUCAAAUUGUAUCAAUGUAGAACCAACAGUAUUUUUUUCAUACUUUGGUUAUCAUACUUUGAUCAGGUUUCAUCCAAAUACCAUCCAAUCUUAUGAAAAACAUGUAUGGUCAUGACCUGUAAUAACCAUGUGCGUCACUGCAUUACACUACAUGUAGCCAUAUCUUGUGUUGACUAAUACGUUUUACGAUCUGAAUUCUUUAAAACGGCGUCUUUUUUGGUCAAUAGAUAUGGCUAUCCUACAUUCAGACUAUAAUAGACCCUGCUAAUUCUAACAAUUUUGAAGGUUUGUUGCAAUCUCAUAUUUACGGUAAUAAAUACUUAGGUCACGAGUUGUUGAACGGAAGUGUAAUUGCGCACGCAUCACGCGUUGUUUUAAUUUAUCGACAUUUACGGCUUGUUUAUUGAACAUUAGCUUGGAAAUUGUAGACUUUACUUCACAUAGAUAAUACAAAUCUGUAAUUUGGGCUGGACAAGAUGGCCAGCUGCAGUUUUCAGGUGCAGUUUAUAUCCAUUAUGGAGGUAUUGGCUAAAGCAGCGGUAGCCGAAAUAAACAAUCGUGUAGAUGAUAGCUGUGCUGUUAUACGCAUGGAAGUUAUCCAAAGCCAGCGAGAUAUUGAUGUACUGAAAAGGAAGUGUCAAAUGAUGGAGAGCGAGCUGAAGAAGACACGAGGACGAGUCAGGAGAAAAGAGAGAUCUUCAUAUCCAGUCAAGAUAGUUUUGAACAAGCAGAGGAGUAGUUCACAGUGGAGAGGCGGAGAGAUGGCUGUUGAAGGGGACUGUCAACCCAAGCCUACAGAUGUGGAGCAGAGAGUGGAGACUGAACCCAUACUGAUCAAAGAUGAGGAGACAGCAGAGGAUGUGUGGAAGACUGACCCUCAGGAAGAGCUCAGGAUCACUGGAGAGGAGUCUGGUUCCAAGCCUGGGAAACCACCAUCCUUUGAGCAACGGCACUGUGAUGAGGACUUCAUCACACAACCCAAUAUAUCUCCCAGAGAUUCAGUGGAACAUUACCCCAAUUCUGAUCAUCCAGAGGAACCAGGCACACCCUGGCUAUCAUCUACAGAGGUGUUCAACACAGAGCAGCACCGGCCAGACGAGGACUCACUAGACCUAGUGAUGGUGAAGGAUGAGAAAGAGGAGGAGUUAGAUCCGGCCCUGGCAGGACCUGACCAGUUUGUCAUGGAUGAGACUGAUGGGCAGCUGUUGACCUCUGUGGAUCCAGGCAGAGACACUGACCCUGAUGGCCACCCAGAUUUCUCCUUUCAUUCCACAGAAGAGUACUCUCAGAAUAUCUCAAUUUUCCCAUCUCAUAGUGGGCUAUCAUCUGUUCCAACUAUGAGGGAUGAUGUAGGACCGUUACUUCACUCUUCUAUAUGGAAACCACAUGCUAACGUGUUCAGUGCAGCAAAACAUAUGAAAAGACAUGUCAGGACAUUGGCUGAUGAGACUAGACAACAGAUGCCAGAGGGACAGAGUAGCGAGACGCUGAACUCAAAUAAUGAUGGAAAUAGUUUAGCUCUACAGUCAAAGCAGCAUCAAUACAGGGCUUCAGAAGCAACGGUGAGAUUGAGUGAGUGCACGACAGGGUCAAACAUGGCCACCACCUCCACCUUCUCUGGAUACAGCCUGAGUCACAGUAGUUUUAACAUGGUGAAGAGAAUGAGGACUCAGUGGAGAUCAGGCGGCACCACCGAGAGGCGUUUCAGCUGCACCUUCUGUGGGAAGAGCUUCCCACGUUUCUGGCAGCUAAAAGAACACCUCCGAAGUCACACCGGAGAGAAACCGUACACCUGCGAACAGUGUGGCAGGAGUUUCACCAAGCAAUGCAACCUGAUCAGACAUGCUGUGGUCCACAGCGGAGAGAAGCCCUACAAGUGCACACAGUGUGGGAAAUGCUUCCCCCAGCGCUCUGGUAUGAAGUCACAUCAGAGAACUCACAUAGGCGAGAGUCCAGUGUCUCAAUACGGGGCACCCACAUACCCUGGGAUCCACACACAAGUUUAAUGUUGUCUCAGACCAGAUGGAACAAAUAGUUCAUACUUGCAUAGUUCUUUCUGUAACACUUUAUGGGUAAAUGUGGUACAGAAGGUAAAAUGUUGUUCAUGUUUGACAUUUAACGACUCCUCACUUAUAAAAUAAUAAUCUAUUUGUUUAAAAACAAACAAUAUAUUCUAAUUUACAAUGAAAAUGACUCCAAAAUGACACACUACAUCAUUUACUUUUAAAUUCUAUUGGGCACAACAUAAUGGCGUUAGAGAAGUUGGGCAUACGCACAUCCUUAAAUGUGCUGGGCUAAGAAAGAAUACAUGUGCCGAUGAGGAAGGCCCUUCAUAUUGUUUAUGCUCCCAAUUCACUGCUUUGAGACAUUUUUGGUCCAAACACAAAAAAUGCAAGUGUUUCCAACAAGCAUGCAUGUUUGUAGUCACUGCGUGCUAGGACUAUGGGAUAAAAUACUAAACGUUUGACAAUGUAAUACUCUUAAGUAAAUUUGUCCAAAUACUUAUAAAACUUUCAUGGGGGCGACUAGAUAAAGGUCAUACAUUUCUAAAUGGUAAAGAAGUUAUGUAUGAAAAUACCCUCAAAUAAAAGGUCACCUCAUAAAACAUUUGAUAUUAAAUCCAAAAUGGAGUAUAGCGCCAAAUGAAAAGUUUUAGCUUCACUUUAUAAAUAAAUACAUAGGGGAGUGUAUAUGAAGAGUUUUAUUCCAAAACACUAUAUCCAUUUUCAGAAAUGUUAGUAAAUUGGUGGUCACACCAGAUACUGAUGGUUUUCCUGAUCCAUACCCCUGCCUUUUUAAUUUAUUUGAAGGAAUCUGUGACCAACAGAUUCAUAUCUGUAUUCCCAGUCAUGUGAAAUCCAUAGAUUCAUAAAAUAAAUUGUCAAUUGAUUGAUUUCCUUUAUAUGAACUCUUAACUCAGUAAAAUCUUUGACAUUGUUACAUGUUGCGUUUGAAAGUUUUAUUAUUGCUUUUGUUUUUACACUUAAAGAUCAUUUCAAAAUGUUUCAAUUCUUUCCAUAACAAUGUGAAGAGAGGUUUGUUCUCUGCCUGCUUCAUUUUAUGGAUAAAGAAUCUGCCAUGAAAAAUAAACUAACAAUGAAAGUUAAAUCAGGGGUCCAUAUAAUUUGAAGUUUUUCUUAGAUUUUAUUUUAACUCACUCCAUAAUCUUGUAACAUAACAGUCCCAAAAUAAAUGGUAAAGAGUCUCAGGGUCACAACCACAAAAUACACAUUUGUUAUCAAUAGCAAUUUUGAAUCUGUACAAUAAUGGU